GUGCUCACUACAACAAUAUUUCCACCGCCGCUUGAACUCGGAAACAAAACCUUUCCUCAAAAACCGGCGAUCAUUCCUUCCUGUAGGUCACGUUUUUACAACAGUUUGGAAGAAAUGGCGGACAUGGAUGAAUUGUUCGGGAGUGAUGGGGACAGCGACAAUGAGCAGCGAGAUUCUGGCUCUGGCUCUGGCUCCGGUUCAGAUUCGGAGCAGGAAAGACCCCGAUCCGCCAGCAACGCCUCAGGCAGCGGUAGCGGCAGCGACAGUGAGAGGGAACGGGAUGAUGAUGACGAAGGCCAGGAGGCAGGAAAAGCCAGUAUAAAUAAGGAGCUGUUUGGAGACGACAGUGAGGAUGAGCAACACAGUCAGCACAGUCAGCGCAGCCAACACAGCGGCAGCGACAACCAGUCUGAGCGGUCGGGGAACCAGUCAGAUGCCAGCAUGCACUCAGACCAGGGGGACAACGAUCACUCUGAUGUAGAGCAGCACAGCGGCUCGGAGCACGGCCAUCGAGACGAGGAUGAAGAUGACGAAGACGGGGGCCACCGUUCAGACGGAGGAAGCCCGGUUGGCAGUGGGAUGUCUGGAGGAGGGAGCCCUCGCUCUGAGAGGGGCAGUGUCCGUUCAGACAGAAGCGUACACAGUGAUCCUGGUACUCCGCAGUCGGGGCCGGGCACCCCUCACUCUGAGGGAGAAGUUUCUGGCAGGGAGAACCAGUCAGAUGAUGAGAAGUGGGAAGGAGGAGUCAAGAGUGACCAAUCGGAGGACGAGGAGGAGAAACGUCAUUACUCUGAUGAAGAAAGAGAGAACUCUGAUGACGAGGGGCCGAGGAACAGGAAGUCAGAAUCUGCGAAGGGCAGUGAUAGUGAAGAUGAUUUCCUCAGACAGAAAUCCAAACCAAAAGCUACCUCUGAUUCAGAUUCAGACAGCGAUAUUGGAUCAAAGAAAGGAAAGAAGACGGCAGCAGACGACCUGUUUGGAGAGGCUGACGACAUCUCCUCUGACAGCGACGCAGAGAAGCCUCCCACCCCAGGACAGCCCCUGGAUACAGAGGAUGGAAUGGAGGGGGAGCAGGCAGAAGAGGAGCCUGCGCCCGAAACUCGUAUUGAAGUGGAGAUCCCAAAAGUCAGCACAGACCUGGGAUCUGACCUUUAUUUUGUCAAGUUGCCCAACUUCCUGUCUGUGGAGCCCAGACCAUUUGAUCCUCAGUAUUAUGAGGAUGAAUUUGAGGAUGAAGAAAUGCUGGAUGAAGAGGGACGCACCAGGCUCAAGCUGAAGGUGGAGAAUACAAUUCGAUGGAGAGCCAAGAGAGACGAGGAGGGAAAUGAAACCCGAGAAAGUAACGCACGCAUUGUUAAAUGGUCUGAUGGCAGCAUGUCCCUCCACCUGGGGAAUGAAGUGUUUGAUGUUUACAAAGCUCCACUCCAGGGAGACCACAACCACCUGUUCAUCCGACAGGGCACUGGGCUGCAGGGACAGGCUGUGUUUAAAACCAAACUCACCUUCAGGCCCCACUCUACAGACAGCGCCACCCACAGAAAGAUGACCCUUUCUCUGGCUGACCGCUGCUCCAAGACGCAGAAGAUCAGAAUCCUUCCAAUGGCUGGACGAGAUCCAGAGUCACAUCGCAACGAAAUGAUCAAGAAAGAGGAGGAGCGGCUGCGAGCGUCUAUCCGCAGAGAGUCCCAGCAGAGGAGGAUGAGGGAGAAGCAGCACCAGAGAGGCUUGAGCAGCAGUUACCUGGAGCCCGAUCGCUACGAUGAUGAAGAGGAGGGCGAGGAAGCUAUCAGCCUGGCUGCCAUCAAGAGCAAAUACAAGGGAGGAUCAGGCCUGAGAGAGGAGCGAGCAAGGAUCUACUCAUCAUCAGAAGGUGAUGAAGGCUCUGAUGAUGACAAGGCCCAGAGACUGAUGAAGGCCAAGAAGCUAGACAGCGAUGAGGAGGGCGAGGGAUCAGGCAAGAGAAAAGCAGAGGACGAGGAAGAAACGGCCACCAAGAAGGCCAAGAAAUAUGUGAUCAGCGACGAAGAGGACGAGGAGGAGGAGGAAGAAGUGGAAGAAGAAGAGGAUGAUGAAUAAUUCACUUUUUUUUUUAAUCAUUCCACUGUAUUAUCAGUGCUCAGCCCACAUGGCAUAUAAACAGCCAUAUUUUGUUUUGUAUAUUUUCUUAAGACCUGUGUGUGGGUGAGUGUGUUUGUGUGUAUGAUUGUGUAUUUGCUUGUUUAUGUUGUGUACAGAAAAGGUGAGAAAUAAAGAAACGGUUGACUUAUGUAACCAAAGUUUC